AUGCAGUCGUCCUCGACUAUGAGCGGGAACAUGAACAUCCUUUACAGGGACCUGAUCAGAAUCCUCAUUCGCGACUUCCUCUUCAAGGCUUCAUUCACCACUCUCCGGAUCAUGAAGGAUCUCGAGACGUACAUGCAGACCCGCAGUCCAGGUUGGCCGAGGGCCCCGAACGAGCAGGACCUGACCGAUGAUCCGGCCCAAAAGUAUCACGAAGGUGUGGCAUUUCAGGCUGUGUAUGAGGGGAAAUUGCAAAGCCUGAGAUCCCUCAUCAGAUUGCGCAGUGAAAUUCCGUCUGCCGAUGUCAAGGACACGGAAAGGAGGAUACUUACUGAGUGGAUCAGGCGUAGUAUACCAUACGAGAACGCUAUGGUAUUUAGUAUCGCCCCCCGCGAAUCCAGUGGUAGCAGGUAUUACCAAGUACUAGGCCUGGUAUACCAAAAAUACUACAGCUUUUCCGCCACCCGUCCUUUCCUGAGCUGCUUACUGAGUAGCAGUCCCGCCAGGAGGACUCUGCCCUUUUGGUACAUGCGGACAUGCACUGGCGCUGCUUCUGCAUCUGUGACCACGAACGGCACUCCUUUGUUCGAAGUCAGACACUAUUUUGUCCGAAGUCAGACACCACUUUGUCCGAAAUCAGCACCGCUUUGA